UCUUCAACCAUCCAGCCGCACACCAGCCAAGAUGACCAAGCGCACCAAGAAGGUCGGUAUCACCGGUAAAUAUGGUACCAGAUACGGUGCCUCCCUGCGUAAGCAGGUGAAGAAGAUGGAAAUCACCCAGCACGCCCGCUACGUCUGCACCUUCUGCGGAAAGAACACCGUCAAGCGCAAGGCUGUUGGUAUCUGGGAGUGCAAGGGCUGCAACAAGACCGUCGCUGGUGGCGCCUACGCCGUCUCCACCCCCGCCGCCGCUGCCACCCGCUCCACCAUCCGUCGUCUCCGUGAGAUCGCUGAGGUUUAA